CCAGUUUUCGGACAAGAAUCUCUUGCUGGUGUUGUUCGCACCAUUUUGUGCUGAGAGGUAGUUGCUGCCGCUUGCACACUUCCCUCCGUCGCCUUGAGAGCUUUGUCUUCAGGGUUGGAGUCUCUGCGGAAAGAUGAGACAUUCAAAGAGAACUUACUGUCCUGACUGGGAUGAAAGAGAUUGGGAUUAUGGAACAUGGAGAAGCAGCAGCAGUCAUAAAAGAAGGAAGAGAUCACAUAGCAGUGCCCGUGAUUAUAAGCGAUGCAAAUACAAUCACUCCAAAACAACGGACAGCUAUUAUCUGGAAAGUAGAUCCAUACAUGAGAAAGCCUAUCACAGCCGACGCUAUGUUGAUGAAUACAGGAAUGACUACAUGACCUACGAGCCAGGGUAUCCCUAUGGAGAACCUGGAAGCAGAUACCAGAAUCAUAGUAGCAAGUCCUCUGGUAGGAGUGGAAGAAGCAGUUACAAAAGCAAACAUAGGAGUCACCACCACACGUCACAUCGUCGUUCACAUGGGAAGAGUCACCGAAGGAAAAGAUCGAGGAGUGUAGAGGAUGAUGAGGAGGGUCACCUGAUCUGUCAGAGUGGAGACGUACUAAGUGCAAGAUAUGAAAUUGUUGAUACUUUAGGUGAAGGUGCUUUUGGAAAAGUGGUGGAGUGUAUCGAUCAUAAAGUGGGAGGUAGACAUGUAGCGGUAAAAAUAGUUAAAAAUGUGGAUAGAUACUGUGAAGCUGCUCAAUCGGAAAUACAAGUUUUGGAACACUUAAAUGCAACAGACCCCCAUAGUACUUUCCGUUGUGUCCAGAUGUUGGAAUGGUUUGAGCACCGAGGUCACAUUUGCAUUGUGUUUGAACUUCUGGGGCUUAGUACUUACGAUUUCAUUAAGGAAAACAGCUUUCUGCCGUUUCGAAUGGAUCAUAUCAGGAAGAUGGCAUAUCAAAUAUGCAAAUCUGUAAACUUUUUGCAUAGUAAUAAAUUGACUCACACAGACUUGAAGCCUGAAAACAUCUUAUUUGUGAAGUCUGACUACACAGAGGCUUAUAAUCCCAAAAUGAAACGUGAUGAACGCACUAUAGUAAAUCCCGAUAUUAAAGUGGUGGACUUUGGGAGUGCAACAUAUGAUGACGAACAUCACAGCACAUUGGUAUCUACAAGACAUUACAGAGCACCAGAAGUCAUUCUAGCCCUAGGGUGGUCACAACCAUGUGAUGUCUGGAGUAUAGGAUGUAUUCUUAUCGAGUAUUAUCUUGGAUUUACAGUUUUUCCGACUCAUGAUAGCAGGGAACAUUUAGCAAUGAUGGAAAGGAUUCUUGGACCACUGCCAAAGCACAUGAUUGAGAAAACCAGGAAACGCACAUACUUCCAUCACGAUCGAUUGGAUUGGGAUGAGCACAGUUCUGCUGGCAGAUAUGUUUCUCGGCGCUGUAAGCCUCUGAAGGAGUUUAUGCUGUCUCAGGAUGCCGAGCAUGAGCUUCUCUUUGACCUCAUUGGGAAAAUGUUGGAGUAUGAUCCAGCCAAAAGAAUCACUCUCAAAGAAGCCCUAAAGCAUCCUUUCUUUUACCCGCUUAAAAAGCAUACAUGAUUUAUAAAUAUGGUGCUCUGAAAGAAAUUUUACAGACUGUAUCAGUCUAGAUUUUAAUUUAUUUGUAUAGCUUUGUACACUGAUGUUUUAGAGGCUUUAUGAGAUACAUGGCCAAGCCAUACAACAUCUUUCAGUAAUUAUAGAACGAUUUAUUUGGAAUAAACUUUGUGCUUAUGAAUGUAUAAAGGUA